GCCAUCCAGAUGUAGGUUAGGAUUUGUAAUACCUGAGUGCCUAUCUUUUUUGAUUGUAUAUUAAGGAUGUUGAAAGUACUGUACACCUCAUUUUGUGAGCAUGACUGCUGAACUUGUUUUCUUGCUAAUUAAACUGCUAGAUAGACAGGACUUAGAUGCUCCUUUUGUGGUAUAUCUAGUACAUUUAAAAUGCUAAACUGUGAUCCCUUCCCGUUAAAACUAUUUCUCCUUUUCCUUUUUCAGUUGAAUUAGUUUCUGUGUUUUAGUGGCUGAAGGGUUAACUGGUACUUUCUCUUUGUAUUCUUGUAAUUCAAUGAACAAAAGCUGCAUUAGUGACAUCACCUAUGUUAUUAACGUCAAACUGAAUUAUCGUAUAAAACAGUGUUUUGAAGAGCAUUCCUUGAAAAGGAACUUAAAAUUCAAGAGAAAAUGAUGGUUUGGACUUUGGAGGGAAUAUGGUUUGGUGAUGAUGCGGUGGGUUGGGAGUAGGAUUAGGGUUGAGAGAGAAACAGUUUAGAGCUGUAGCAGGAUGGGGCUGCAGAAGGAGCUCUGUCCUCUUGGUCAUCUGGGCCAUGCCUUGGUAUCUGGGGCAGAGGCUUGACUGAUGAGUGAGGUGAGGGUUGGUAUGGGGACAGAGCUGUAGUUGGAGAGGGGCUGGAGGCAAGAAUGGAUGUUUUAUCCAAUUAGAAUAGCACCUCUGGAUAUCAGGGCAUUGUUUGAGUGCAUGCCUUUCAAAAGCUAAAAAAAAAAAAACUCUAACAUUUUGGGUAUACCUUAAUUUACUUGGCAUACCUAGAUCAGCUGUAUUCCCUCAGGACACCGGGUAUCCUGCAUUUAAAGCAAACUUGUGCUGAGGCACUUAUUGAUGUAAAUGCCUGUUUAUGCCAGUCAGAAUUCUCCUGAAACUAAUCAAGGACUUCUGCAUUAUCUAUUGUUGCCAAAAUGUCCAUUAAUGGAGAAAUCAUUAGGUUGGGUAAUUGUUUCUUUUCUGGGAAGAAUUUAUGCAAAUUGAAAUUGGGUAUAGCAAACCAGGUAUGCUUACGGGAAAAUCACAUUGGAUUAAUGGAGGAGAAAUGAGUAGUUUUGUAUAGGCAUCUUUCCAAACAUCUUUAUUCUCGAUCAGAAAACCGGGCCCUUUCUUUGUCUUACUUUAAUGUUGUGUAUGUAAUUGUCUAGUGAUACUUUUUUAAGAAGUGUUUUAAAACUGAAAAUGUCACUUCCAUUUAAUAUACAGAAAAUGUUCCCUUUCAAGUGUAUAAUCAUUUCAAGUAUAUAAUAAUUGUUGGUUUGUUUACUGUGUGCCUACUGUUGUCAUUCAAGGCAUGGUAGAGACUUGCUGCUUCAGGUCUAAUUCUGGAUAUAAGAAUCUUGGACAAGAGUAAUGACUUCAUGGUUUGUACCAUUAACAAAUGGUUACUGUGAAGGGCUGAAGGGAAGCAAAGUUUUAACUCCCUGGGGAAAUCUAGGCUUUUAGUCCCUCAGCAAACUGUUUUGACUAAUAAAACAGAAUUUUUAUUUUUAAGUUGGUAUGGCUUUAUUGAAGUGGAGUUACUGUGAGUCAGGUUCUCAGAGUACAGGGAGGAGGUAGGAAGCAAGUUCCUUCAGGGCACAUCCAGCAGGAGCGCUUCUAGGAAACGUAGAGUCUCUAGAUCAUUUUGUCAGGAUGCAAAACAUCAAUGGGCCUUUGAAGUCUGCAAAUAGUUCCUAUUGUGGAAUAUAUAAAAGCAUUACAGUACUGACUGACCUCUUCAGUGAUUAUAAGCUAUGUAGAUUCUGAUUCACUUUUAUUUUGUCCUAAACAAAGCGAGUGCACCUCUAAAGUAGAAUGCUAAGAAAUCCAGGUAAUGUUUUCUGUCUUACUGAGGUAUUAAGUGACUGUAGAAAGCAGUCACUGAAUUUUAGUGGGUCUCACUUUCUCUGUAAGAGGAAGAUAAUUAAUGCUGCUCUAAUUUACAUAGAGAAUAGGGUAGUUAAUUAGUUCAAAUAGAAUUAUUUAAAUUCAAAUGAGUAUUUUUUUAAAAGUACUUCCUCAGGUGAGAUCCAUUAGUUCAAGUGCUUUGGUCAGGGUGAAAUAUUUCAGGUGGAAAUGGGAGCAAAAGAAAUGACCUGUUUCCAUCAGACCUUUUUAUCAGGGAGAUGCUUGAGGAAGACGUUCUGUUUUGACUGCAGGAAAAGUAGAGGGAUUGAGCUCAGCGCUUUAUUGUUGCCACAUUUCAGUGAGAUUCAGAUGAAGAGGAGGCUAUUAACUGGAGAAACUCAUUCUGCUGCCAUUGUUGAUCCUGCUUUGAAAGAAAAAUUAAAACAGAACAAUGUGACGCUGGAAUCGGAAUAUGAGCCACAGAACUGGAGGUUUCAGGUGGUGUUUGUUGCUUCUUCUGUGCUCCUGCACUGGAAAAGGUCUCACAUCCCCUUCAACCAAGCUCAGCUUUAUAUAUAUGAAAAGGAACCCGCACACGUCCCAGAUGUCCAUCCCUGGCUGCUCCUCUACUAAAGGGAUCUGCUGCAGAAAUGAGGACAGACCUCCUCGGAUAGCUCUUCUCUUCCUGAGAGACGUUAACCAUAGCUUAGUAAAACUUCCAGGUACAGGAAGCUAUACUACGUGCAUUUCAUCGCUUAAAAUUAAAAGUGGAAUUUGCUGAAUUUUGGAUGUUUGAUCUUGAAGGUGUAAUAUUGCACUCGUGCUAUUCUUUGUAGGUUGAAUGUUUCAGAAUUUUGUUUUUGCUCAAGAAAAGAAGAUAAGCUAAAAGUAACUGACCAGUGCAAUUUGAGUUUUCUUGUGAAUCCUUUGAAUCCAGAAGUUCAUCUUGGAUGGUAUGCAGGUGUAAUGCAUAAAUGGUAUUGGGUCAUCCGCUGAGAUUUAGUGCAGUUUUUAAGACUCUCUCCAUUUUAAGAGGGGUGGAAAAUGGAAAUGGAAAACCCUAACUCCAUGAUAAAAAUCUGUUCAAUGCUGUUUUCUCUUACUUUAAAAAUUCAAGACUGUAACCAUAUGGUUCUAACCAAGUACCUUCACUGUUUGGUUUAUUAAGUAAUUUGUAUCACUGUAGGACCUUCACACAAGGCUAUGAGGGCACUCUAUAAACAUUAAUUAAACUCUAUGACACCUA